AUGAAAAAACAAAAAUUGAAAAACAAAAUAAAAAAGAGAGGCCUAAGAAACAAUAAAAUUAAAAAGAACCAUGAAACUGACAGUAACAGCAGUUGUUCCUAUCAAUUAGAUGAUUCAUCAGAUGAAGACGCUAAUACUUUUUGGGAAACCUUACUAACUACAGAACUUUCCGACGAUAUUGACAUUAACGAAACUUGUAAGCAAGUUUCUGAAAUUGCAUCUACUUCGACGGAAAUGGCAUCUGCUUCGAUAGAAUUACCAGCUUCUAUAGAAACUUCAUCAAAUUUAAUGGAAUUGGCAACUACGUCUAAAGAUAUGCCAUCAUUUUCGGAAGAAUCUCUAGUUUCAGAUGUCCCAAAAGAAGGCACUUUUGUUUUAGCGAAAUUUAGUUCCACGCGGGGCAAAAAGACUUACAAAUACGUAUGUCGUGUACAAGAAGUCUCAGAUACCAAAAUUGUAGUUACAGGGCUCAAGUCAUACAAACGAAAGAACACGUUUCGAAUAAUCGAAGAUGAUAUCUCAAUUAUUGAUUUCGAUGACGUAGUUACUUAUCUUCCACAACCAGAGAACUUAGAUGCAGAAUUGUUUAAGUUUCCAUACAAUAUUGAUGUGUACGAAGUAUAA